AGACACUUGCAACCCGACAAACUCCUACUCUUCUCUCUUUGCUUUCUCCGCACUCGCCCUCCCUCCCUCUCUCUCUCUCUCUCUCUCUCUCUCCUCUCACUCUCACAGAGCUACUCAUCUCCCCAACUAUUCAACCCUCAAUAAACCCUGGAAUUUGUUUGUCUCUCAAUCUCAGCGAUCAUUCCAAUGCCAAUUUCGCUUCAAACCAAAUCCCCACUCGUUUUCUCCUUCUCAAAACUAUCAAUUUUAACGCCUUAUCUACCACUACACACCCAAAACGAUUAGGUUUUUUUUAUUAUCAUCAGCACGACGAUCCCUUUGCGCUCCAUCAAUUGUCUUUCAUACAUCUCUAUACUCUUGCUUAUGGCACUGCAUUCAACUGCUCUGUGUUUCAAUGGCGUCUCUUCGAAUCAUCCAACUUCUCUCUCGCAUCAGUUCUCUGGUUCAUCUACUUUCAGGCGAUGUGGAGUCAAAAUAUCUGCCUUUUCUUCUCCGAUCACCACUUCACCUUCGCGAUUUCAACUGAGAGGAAAGGCAUUUCCAAGUGAUGAUGGGGUAUCUCGAACAAAUGAAUCCUCCCUUGUGGUUUGCUUUGGAGAAAUGCUAAUUGACUUUGUCCCAACUACAAGUGGGCUGUCAUUGGCCGAUGCACCUGCAUUCAAAAAGGCUCCGGGAGGUGCACCUGCUAAUGUUGCUGUUGGUAUUGCUCGUCUAGGUGGUUCAUCAGCUUUUAUAGGAAAGGUGGGUGAAGAUGAAUUUGGAUACAUGCUUGCUGAUAUUUUAAAGGAGAAUAAUGUAAACAAUGAAGGAAUGCGCUUUGACCCUGGUGCCCGAACUGCUUUAGCAUUUGUGACACUGAGAAAUGAUGGGGAGCGUGAGUUCAUGUUUUAUCGCAAUCCUAGUGCUGAUAUGCUGCUUCAAGAAACUGAACUUGAUUACGAUUUAAUUAGGAAGGCAAAAAUUUUUCAUUAUGGUUCCAUAAGUUUGAUUACAGAACCAUGCAAGUCAGCCCAUAUUGCAGCAGCAAAAGCUGCAAAAGAUGCUGGUGUGAUUUUGUCUUACGACCCCAAUCUGAGGCUGCCAUUGUGGUCAUCUGCAGAGAGUGCCAGAGAAGGAAUUUUGAGUAUAUGGGAGAUCGCUGAUAUUAUUAAGAUAAGUGAAGAAGAGAUAUCAUUUUUAACACAAGGGGAGGAUCCAUAUGAUGAUGCUGUUGUUCGUAAAUUGUUUCAUCCAAAUCUUACUUUACUCCUUGUCACUGAAGGCCCAGAUGGUUGCAGGUAUUACACCAAGGAGUUCAGUGGCAGAGUUAAAGGUUUAAAGGUGGAUGCGGUGGACACCACAGGAGCCGGAGAUGCUUUUGUUGCUGGAAUCUUAUCACAACUAGCUGCUGAUGUCUCAUUGCUACAGGAGGAGAACCGGCUGAAAGAAGCUCUGAGGUUUGCCAAUGCUUGUGGUGCAUUGACCGUCCAGGAGAGAGGCGCAAUUCCAGCGUUGCCAACCAGAGAAGCCGUACUGAAUGCACUGCUUAAGACGGUGGCAUAAGUUUUGAUCUGGAACACUGUAAUUGUACAACUACCUCCCAACCUUCACCCAAAUUUUUGUUUUUGGUAUGAUGAUGAUGUUGAGCAGACCAUUUCACAUUCGAAUAGAUUUAAAUAAAUUGAUAUGCAUGUAUCUUAAUGCAACGUGUUUUGUCCGAGGUUGUUGAGAACCUCCUCUCCGAUAUAUUAUUUCGUUCUUGCAUACAUUAAACCAUAUUGUAGACAUAAAGGCCCGGUGACAUGUUGGUUGCUUCAAUAUAUUUCUUCUUCUGGUCAAA